UUGCUCCGGCUCCGACCGAGCACAUGUCUCACGCGAAACACGGACUAAUUCCGUAUAUCGCUCCACGGCUACCUAGCUCGAGUCAGCUCGGAUCCAACCUUUCUCCCUCAUCACAAACCAAAUGGCGACCGAGAUCAUCGAAGACCCGCCGCACCUGCCGCCCAUCCCGCGCUCGUCAUCGUACGCCAAGCCAAAGGGCAUCCUUAAGAACACGCCCCAACCACCUGCAUCGACGGGCCAACAGCAGUGCGUCUGUCUGUCUGCGGGCCCAAUCGCCCCGCAGAAUCCUCUCCCGCGUUUCCGUGAUGCUCACACCGCGCGCAGCCUGCAAUGGGACGAGGCCAACAUCGCGCUCACGGAGAUCCAGAAGGACAGUCUCAUGAAGAUCACGGAGCCGAAGACGCCCUACGUCAGAUAUAACGCAGAGACGGACACCGUCGAGGGAGACAUCCCCGGCCUCGACCUCGACAACGGGCAGUACGUCUGGACAAACGGCGCGCACGCCGGCGGGCCGUCCGACUCCCCUGUGAUGGCCACGUCCCCUAUGCCCUCCGAGCCUGGCAGCGCCAUCGGCCCCGGAUCCGGCCCCUCGUCGCGCCGCACGUCGUUCUCGAGCACGGGGCGCUCUGGCUCCCUGGGCCGCUCGGGCAGUGCCUCUGGGCGGUCGGGCAGCGGCGCCUCAAGCCGCAGCACGAGCUUCAACCUGCCGAGCGAGGCGCGCCACGAGAUCCGCGAGGACGGCAUGGGGCGCGCGGAGGCGCAGGCGGAGCUCGAGGAGGACGAGGAGAUGGAUGAAGAAACUGCUGCGAAGCACGCGGACUUUGUCCGUGCGCGGGGACGCCAUUACUCGAACGAGGCGGAAGCGAUGAAGGUGCGUGCCCGGCUCCCUUUCGUCACCCAGAGGGGACCUCACGCGCACCCUCCUCUCUAGCUCGCCGCGAAACUACUGGAGGAAGAGGAUGCCGAUUCCGAGGAUGUGGAGGUGCCCCCGGUGCCCCCACUUCCCUCCAAGAUCAACGGUAUCGGGCACUGAACGCGACACGGAAAAUUAGCGUAACCCAAUCAGACGACCUUGUGUGUACUAUCUCUGCUAUCAUGUUUCCUCUCUACAGGCUCAAUGUUGUUGUUUUUGUGCUACCGCCAACUCAGUGGAGCAUUCCGAUUUACUUUACAAACUUAUUCUUGGACUUGAUCGAAAUACAAAUAGUUCCUUUUGGUACGAUCGAAUAACUACAGACAAAAAAGAGACAUACAUGGUACCGAUACUAGCACAGUUACACAGACAUAGUUACAAACACGCCAGGAUUACAGUACUAGAUAUACAACCUUCCCCUCCGUCCAUCAAAGUUCAAAGCAAAGCAACAAGGACACCAGAGAGCAUAUUACACAAAACACGGCUGCAAGUGAAUGAGCCUGACAACACCAGGAGAAACGCACACUGAAUGAAAGCCGGAAUGAAGCAACGAAUGACGACUGUCGUCCACCGGCAGGGAGGCGCGGAGUGGCUGGCCGCCCACCCGCUGUCAAGCCCACAACAUCCCGAACGGUACACCGGGGACCGCGAUCGAGGAAGGCUCCGUGGUCGGGGACGCCGACGACGCGUUUUCAAAAUC